GUGCCGGAGGUUGCUGACCCCUCCAGCCAUGACUACCACCCCUAUUGUUCCACGCUGCUGUUUGUGCAGUCCUGGGGGGGUCCAGGGACAGCUUAGCUGUUUGUCACUCCUCAUCCAAUGAGCUCUGAGAGCAGCGGACGGGCGGACGACGCCACCUCAGGUUAUGCUGCUGCCUUUCCUGGGACGUCUCAGUCUGUGGCUGAAGCAGAAGGAGGAGGAAGAAUCCCAGCCAGAGCUACCGACAGUAGGAAAAUUCAGGGUAGAAUUGCGAGCUCCGUUAAGAAGAUGAAUGAAGAUUUGGGCUACCAGGAAGACGGCGUCCUCAUCAACAAUGGUCAUCCACACUUCGGCGAACCUGACCGCGACUUGGAGCCGGAACUGAUCCGAAAACUCGUACAAAAGAGCCACGAAGCCAAAGCCUUCGCCCACUGCCCGUACAGCAGAUUCCGGGUCGGAGCGGCUCUCCUCAGUCAGGACGGGAGGAUUUUCCUGGGUUGCAAUGUGGAGAACGCCUGUUACACGCUGGGGAUCUGCGCGGAACGUUCCGCCAUUCAGACGGCCGUGACCGAGGGCGCCAAAAAGUUUGUUGCCAUAGCGGUAGCCAGUGAUGUGGAAGAAGAAUUUAUAACCCCGUGCGGCGCCUGCAGACAAGUCAUGCGGGAGUUUGGCUCGGAGCUGCAGAUCAUCCUCACCAAGCCCAGUGGCUCCUACCUGGUAAAGACACUUCAGCAGCUGCUGCCGAUGUCCUUUGGACCCGAGAACUUGAAAUAAGACCAUGGAAUGAGAUGAAUAUUUACCCGAUGUAUAUAGUGUUAUUUAUGGGAUAUAGGGCUGAUCCUAGAGGUAGACGGCGGCUGUGCGAUCCCCCUGCGAUGGGGGGGGGGGGGGGGCGGUCUCAUCGUCUGGGGUCUAUGACAGCUCGACACCCCACAACUCCUCCUGAGAUAGGGGGCUAACGCAGCUUUCCCAGGGUCCUGAAUGACUUAUCUGGGGCAAUAAUACAUCCCAAUCUCCCAUACUGCUGUGUAACAUACACAGAUAUUGUAGGGCCCUAUUGCAAUGCGUACUAUGGGCCCCCAGUGCUUUUUCUGACCGAUUUACAAAUUAUUUUAUGACGUAACAACUGCCAUAAAUUCACCCUGAUACACCUCUGAUUCCCUUCAUGAUAAAACUGUUUGCCAGCAGUCACCACUAGCUGGCGCUCAGUGCAUAGGAAUUUAUACAGUUACCAUUAAACUCAAUGGAAGUCAGUCAGCUCCCCCUAGUGGCGACUGCAGGAAAUGCUGUGGAUUUAUGUUGUGAAGCAUAAGGAGUUUAGCGCAGGAACCUGUCUCACCACCAGCCCCAUAGCAGUGGUAUGGUAAGCCUUUAUGGUGAGUAUUUGUCAAAGAGAGGAGUAAUGGCGGCCAUAUUUGCUACUCACUUUCAGCAACAGAAAUGGCUAAGACACAGCUGAAUGGAAUUUCAAACCAGUUGACACGAGAUGAGUCCAGGACUGAUAUUAUUGUUAUGAUCUGUAAUCUCCAGUGUAAAAUUAAAUUAAUAAAUCCAAUAUGAUAAUA